CUGGUCUUUAGAAAUUGCCUUUAGGUGACGCGAUUGUUUCUUACGCUUCUUUUCUACAGCUUUCGUGCACCAUUUUCUAUUCGAUUGCGGUAUGAAUUGAGAAAAAAUAUUUUUCUGCGGGUUGUUCAGAGAAGUCAUAAUAUUUUAAUUUUUAGAGGUAAAAGUUGUGAAGCAUAUCAUUAGUUCGCGUUAAAAGUACAUGAUUACAGUUAGCAAAUUAUCAUGUGUGGAGAAAUGUUGGUAAAAAGUGAAGAAAAGUGAAAGGAAACAUAAGAUUUUGUUGAAAAAGUUCACGUUUUAGCCGGUGUGGUUGGUAUAAAAAGAGCGUACCGUUUCUAAUAUACAUACAUAAAAUUUAAUUGAAUGCUGCUCAUAACGGAGGUUGAAAAUUUGUUAACAAUUGUUAACGAAAUUGAAAUAUAAAUUUCCUUGAGGCUUUGGGUAUUGAGCCAGUUUAAAUUGUUCAGAAAAAUUGAAAUUAGUUAAUAUCGGCCAUGGCUGACGGUGCUGUGCUAGAUCUUUAUGCUGAAGAUUUGGAUAAGGAUUUUUCCGCGCAGAACCAGGAGGAAUUUGCAGCAGAAGGGGUCGAUCUGUAUGAUGACAUAGGUGGUCCCACAGAACCAUCAUCUGUUCCUCCCGGAGUGACAGUAUCGGCAAAUGCAGUUGAAAAUGCUGCGCCAGUAGUUGGAGGCGAUUCAGCCGCUAACGGUAGCGGUUCAAAUGGUCUUUACCAUCAAGGAGGUGGUAGUUUAACUCCUAAUCAUAUGGGUCGCCGUUAUCAGCUAUAUGUAGGCAAUUUAACAUGGUGGACAACCGACCAAGAUAUUGCUAAUGUUAUGAGAGAAAUUGGAGUAACUGACUUUCAAGAGGUUAAAUUUUUUGAAAAUAGAGCUAACGGCCAAUCAAAAGGAUUCAGUGUUAUAUCACUUGGAUCUGAAGCUAGUUUGCGGGUAGUUUUGGAACGUUUACCUAAAAAGGAGUUGCAUGGCCAAGCACCUGUUGUAACCUAUCCAACGAAACAGGCACUAAACCAGUUCGAGAGUUUACAGAAGACUCGGCCGGUGCCACCGUCGCAACAAAAUGGCCCUCCUCGUGGGCCCGCGCCACCAAAUAUGGGGGUGGGUGGGCCAAUGCCUCCACAUCCUGGUGGACAAGGUGUGCCUCCUGGUCAUCCUCCACGUAUGAUUAAUCCCAAUAUGGCACCAGGUCAAUAUAGACCACAACAUAUGCAACAGGGUCCACCUGUUGGUCCAAAUGCUGGUCCUCCACGCAUGCAGGCGCCAAUGCAUCAAGGAGGUGGACAUAUGGGACCGCAACAGCCAUUGCCCGGUCCACCGCCACGCUAUCCGCCAAAUCAAGGUCAGUGGACAGCUACAGGACAGCCUCGUCCAAAUGGUCCAAGAGCGGGACCGCCAAAUGGACCACCGCAGCGACCGCAAAUGUUCCAGGGACCACCAGGAGGAAUGCCCAUCCGUGGCCCACGUCCAGAUUGGAAUAGGCCUCCAAUGCAUGGUGGUUUUCCACCUCAAGGUCCGCCUGGAGGACCUCCGCAGGGACCACCGCAUAUGCAAGGUCCGCCACGUGGUCCACCAGGUGGUCCUCCUCAAAUGGGCCCUGGCGGUCCGCCAGGAGGUCCUCACGGUGGUCCCGGUGGGCCAGCACCGCACGUGAAUCCGGCGUUCUUUGCCCAGCCAGGUGGUCCUCCUCAGCAUCCAGGCGGACCGCCAAUGAGUGGUCCACCACAUGGCCCACCAGGACCACCACAACAAGGGAUGGGUAUGCCACCUCAACAUGGUCCCCCACCACACUUUGCCCAACAAGGUGCACCACGGGGACCGUGGCCGGGCCCAGCUCCGGCGAAACCGCAAGGUCAAUUCCCUGACCAAGCAAUUGGUCCCCAGUUAUCCGAAGUGGAAUUCGAGGAAAUCAUGAGCAGAAACCGUACUGUGAGCAGUUCAGCUAUAGCCAGAGCCGUUUCAGAUGCGGCUGCUGGGGAGUAUUCCAGUGCGAUUGAAACAUUGGUCACGGCUAUUUCACUCAUAAAACAGUCGAAAGUGGCGCAUGACGAGCGUUGUAAGAUCUUGAUCAGCUCCUUGCAAGACACAUUGCAUGGCAUUGAAACGAAAAGUUAUAAUCGGCGGGAACGUUCACGAUCUCGUGAGCGCACUCAUCGACCAAGACAACGCAGGGAGCGUUCGUCGUCACGUUAUAGAGAACGUUCACGUGAACGGGAACGUGAGCGCGACCGUGAUCGUGAGGCUGGAUAUAGGGAGCGCUCCAGAAGCAGAGAACGCGAACGUCCCGUACCAGAUCACUACCGUGAUGAUAGUAGUUCCAGUCGUUCUGCUCGUCCACGAAAAUCUCCAGAAGCAAUUGCUGAAGUUGUCAGUGAUGUACCAUCAAAACGCAGCUAUUAUGAGGAACGUUAUCGUUCAUCAGAUCGGGAUCGUGAUCGUGACAGGGAACGCGAGCGAGAACGUGACAGAGACCGGGAUCGGGAAAGGGACCGUGAUCGACGUGAGGAACAUCGCUCGCGACACUAAGCAGAAAGUGAAGCACGUAGAAAUUUAAACCAGCACAUGCAACAAAGUAAAUAGAUCUAUACAAUAAGAAAAGAAGCUACGGUACUAUUAAAGUGGUACAUUGAUUGUAUUGUAUGCAAUGCUUAAACCAUAGAAAAAUAAUCAACAAUUAUUCAACUUUUACGACAGGCCCCAUAGCAAACGUAUGUUUGCAAAUUAACACUUUCAAUUGAUUAUCAUUAUAUAAAAUAGAUUUAAAUGAUCUAAACAUGCCGAAAUUUAAUAAUUUUUAAAGAAAUCGCAAAAUGCGAUUUCACCAUAGACGACUUCGAUGGAAAACAUAAUUAAUUCAAUGGAAUCGUCUUGAUGAAGAAUUAUACAUACAUACAUAGAUGUAAACUCUUAAGUCGGAAAUUAUCAAUUUAAAAAUACAACACAGCACAUCUUCAAUCAAGAUUUAUGCAGUAGCAGGAAAUGAAGUAUUCAAUAAUGAAAAUAUGGAAUUAAUCAGUACUAAUACGCCUGUGUGGAAAGAUUAAGAAAAGUGAAUAAUUUAUUUGAAGGAUAUCUAAUUCCAGUUUGAUUAAGUGAAAUUGUAACAACUGACGGCGACUGCAGAACCGGUUUGAGUGCUUGCGGCAUUAAUCCUGCGCGUUCACAUCCGAAGAAGAUUGUAUAUUGAUAUUUCCAUUUAUUAAUAAAAAAAAAAUAUUUUAAAAUGUUAAAUUGCAAA